CCUGGCUCUUUAAUUUACCAGCCUGUAAACGGAGCACGCACUCAGCCCGUGUGUUCACCUUUUAUUCUAUUUAUGAAGCGCAGGCACAAAUGAAAGAAGGAAGAUUACAGGGGAUUUCUUACCUACUGUUUUGACUGAGACGUCCAAUGCAGUCCGACUCGGUUUUCUGUCUCCCAAAACAACUUACCGGUAGUUAAGCAGAAAGUUAUCAAGCGAGGUCUAGAAAACAGCAGAGAAACCUGGAGUCAUCAUGGACCUGGACAGUAAACGGCUGGUGCUGGUGGUGCCGAGCGACGUGCCCGUGUCGUCCCGUCAGGUGUUCGACAGCGACGAUGAGACGUGGACGAGGCGGUACCUGGAGAACCCGCUGACCGCGGCCACUAAAGCCAUGAUGAGCAUCAACGGGGACGAGGACAGCUCCGCCGUUCUCGGGCUGCUCUACGACUACUACAAGGCUCCUAAAGAGAAGAGACUUGCCCUAAGUUGUACUAAACCCACCGACCUGUCUGCUGUUGGCUCCAAUAACUAUGGACACUUGGAGAUUCAAGAUCAUCAUCUUCAGGCUCUUAGAUCCACACCUGUUAACCUCUCACUAAACAACACGGCUGCACAGCACCGCGGCUCCGGCUGUGUAGAAGAUGCUCACGACGGUGGGAACGAGGACGCGCUCGCUCUGGUUAAGACAGAGGACCAGGUGCCCAUGACUGUGUCCUGUUCUGGAGGCUACGUAGAACCCAGAGAUCGCGUCCAAGGGGCUUAUGAACAGCGCCCCGGUGACCUGAGGCAUGCUGGGUACAUGAAAAGUGAACGUAGGUCUACUGUGGAACGCGCGUAUGAGGAUUCUGUAGAAGAGAUGUACCACAGACGUCCAUCUACAGGAACUGACAGUUUCCACUGUAGCCUACCAGUUGCGAGUUUCCAGUACAGUCUGGAGGCAAGCAUGUCGAUGCGGCCGCGACAAGGAGAGGGGCCCAUGGCCUACCUGAACCGCGGCCAGUUCUACCCUCUGACGCUGUCGGCCACCGGCCUCCGAUCUUCUCUGUGUCAGCAAAGAGUCAAAGUGCAGACUGCCAUCAUGGUUGUCUUUGGCAAAGACAAGUGCAGAGACGAGCAGCUGAAGAAUUGGAAAUACUGGCACUCCCACCAGCACACCGCAAAGCAGAGAGUCCUGGACAUCGCCGACUACAAGGAGAGCUUCAGCACGGUGGGCAAUGUGGAGGAAAUCGCCUACAACGCUGUGUCCUUUACAUGGGACGUCACUGAAGAAGCGAAGGUCUUCAUCUCUGUGAACUGCCUGAGCACGGACUUCUCCUCGCAGAAGGGCGUGAAGGGGACGCCGCUGAUAAUCCAAAUCGACACCUAUGCCUACAACAGCUGCAGCAGCCGACCGAUCCACAGGGCCUUCGCACAGAUCAAAGUCUUCUGUGACAAGGGAGCUGAGAGGAAGCUUCGCGAUGAGGAAAAGAAGCAACUUAGAAAAAAGUUGAAAGGAAAGAGUGGCAUUAGUAGUAGUAGUCCCAUUAGAAGGGGUGACAGCACGCUCUUUAAGACUGUGGCUGACCUGGAGACCCAGCCCGUCCUCUUCAUCCCUGGCGUUCACUUUGGAAACCUGCAAAGAGCUGGACAGGUAUUUGCCUUAAACACAGAGGAGGUCGACAGAGAUGGGGGGGUUGUGAUGAAGAGGAUGCCGUGUGUUGGUGAAGACGACGUCUGCCCAUCUCCACCCAAGAAGCCCAAAGUAGAGCAGGAGAGGAAAGUUCUUUUGUAUGUGAGGAAGGAAAGCGACGAAGUGUUUGAUGCCCUAAUGCUGCAUUCUCCAACUCUCAAAGCCCUGAUGCAAGCAAUUUCAGAAAAAUAUGCAGUUCCUGUUGACAAGAUGGCCAAAGUUUACCAAAAAAGCAAAAAAGGGGUCCUGGUGAACAUGGAUGACAACAUCAUCCAGCAUUAUUCAAAUGAGGACACGUUCAUCCUGGCCAUCGAGAGCUCGGCCGAGACCUUGCGUGUGACUCUGUCGGAGAUCUGAUGGAAGAUGCAGACUGGCCACGUGUACAAUGUGUGUAUAUAUGUGAAUAUCAUUCGCAGUAUUAGCGAUGCUGAUUAUAUAAAGUGCUAGCUUCUUAUGUUUACUGCUUCUCUGAUGUCAUAUUUAUGACCCAGCUGUUCCAUUCACACAUUCAAGACUUUGCUGUACAUACAGUCCGACUCCUCUGUGCCCAGUUGCUGCCUGUUUACACUGUCUCGUCUACCCUUCAUAUGCUGUGUGGACCGUGAUGUACAGUUUUAAAUCAGUCAGUCUUGUUUUGUAUGCUGUUGUCUGAUGUAUUUUACUAAUAAAAAGAUUAAGAUCGACAGAAA